UUGUCAUGUUCUUUUCCUUCUCUAUCAGGAUUUUUUCUUGCAAUUAUAUAUACCGUAUUCUCCAUUUCUCCUCCUUCACUCCCCCUGCUUCAUUAUUCUGCUUCUCUUCUAAUCUUUCCAACUAUUUUAUUUUAUUUAUAUUAUAUUCUUCAACCUUUUUUCUUUUUCCUUUUCUUUCCAAAUCUAUUUUCUCAAUUUUAUUUUCCCAUUUUUUAUAAGAUGGAUUUUGGAAAUGCAUCCCCUUUUGAUUGUCUUAUGUUUGACUUGGAUGACACUCUGUAUUCCUCUCACACUGGAAUUCCUAAGGCUCUCAAGAAAAAUAUCGAAGAUUUUCUGGUGGAGGUAUGUGGAUUUACAUGUGAUCAGGCUUCAUCUAUGCGAGUCGAACUUUUCAAAGCUUAUGGCAGCACUUUAGCUGGAUUACGGGCACUUGGGUACAAUAUUGAUGCUGACGAUUACCACAGUUUCGUUCACGGAAAGUUGCCCUACGAGAAUAUCAAGCCUAAUCCUCAGCUACGUAACAUCUUACUCACCAUUACACAAAGAAAGAUUAUAUUUACAAAUUCAGAUCGAGUACAUGCCAUGAAGGUGUUAAAGAGACUAGGAUUAGAGGAUUGUUUUGAAGAAAUUAUAUGUUUUGAAACUCUAAAUCCAAAUCUUUCAAUGGCUAAAUAUCCUGAAGAAAUUUCUAUUGUUUUAAAGCCGUCUCUUAAUGCUAUGAAAAUUGCCAUUUCUGCUGCUAAUAUUAACCCUUGUCGCACGUUGUUCUUAGACGACAAUGUGAGAAACGUCGCCGCUGGCAAGGCAAUGGGUCUUAAAACGGUUUUGGUUGGGCAAACACAGAAGAUUCCUGACGCAGAUUAUGUAUUAGAAACGGUGAAAAAUCUGGCACAAACAAUCCCAGAAAUAUGGAUGAUCAACAGAUCAGAUCAGGAUGAUCAACAGAUAAUCAGACGAUCAAGAAGUGAUCUUGAGAACCUUGUUACUGUAUCUGUGGUGGGAGCUUAAAAAUUAAUUAGUGUCUUAAUUAAUUAAUUAAUUAACCGUUUAAGUCCAUAAAUAAAUGGUGGUUAAAUUAAUUAAGCUGAUUCUGACCGAUCUUAUUUGUGAAAUUAAGAAUGGUAGCGUGUAAAUCUUAUCUUGUUUGGUUUUUUAUGUUAAAAGUAUGAUGAUCUGUAAAUGUACGCAUAUAAUGAGGUCGUGUGCAUAUUAUCAUCAUGACUCAUCAAUGUUAUCUAAUGAAUAAUAAUUAUUAGAAUAUGUCAUCCAGAACA